UAAUUAAAAAUAAGUAAAUUCGACACAACUUAUGUCACGAUGACUUUUUGGAUUAUCUAUACCAUCUAUUAAAAUUUUCAGUAGUAAUUCAAGUCAAAAUGGCCUUUUAGAUUAUUUAUACACAUUUCAUCCUAAAUUCAGUGAAAAAUUUUCAGUUUUAGGUACCUAAAUAAUAAAAAUGGAAAAGACAACCACAUACCAAGAAUACAAUAAUUGGAUACACUGAAUAUAAUGCCAUGGGUAUAUGAUGGCAUCACCAAUAGGAUUACUACCGAGGCGUAUUUGUCCAAUUGUAAAACGAUUUUUUGAAGUUAAUUGCAACAGUGUUUCGAGACUAUCUAGAACUCUCUCCGCUAUUACCUCUUAUCCACAAACAACGGUCCCAAACCCUGUGACAUGUUCUUACUUCAAAAAUCCCGUUGAAUUUCGCCAGCUCAAUCCUCGGAGAAAUGAUAGUGGUGACAGUAAAUUACUUAUUGGUUCCAAGAGUUCUUUAAAAUUUCUCAAAGACUUUCCGAAAUCAUUUGGCUUUGGGAGAAAAACUAAUAAAAACAAAAAUCAAAAGAAACGAGUUCCAAAAUUAAUUUUAUUACAAAACCCUUUCACAUGGCUAAUGAUCAAAAUCGACUUCAGCGUCUUAAGGAACAUUUGGGAUCCAACGUUUGUGGAACGAGAAUUUAAAUAUGGGACCAAGCAGGCUAUAUCACGAGUGACACAAGUAAUUAGUUCAGGCCAGUUGAAGGAUUUGAAUGGCUUGCUGACGAAGCCAGCCCGGUUGAGUUUAUUGCGGGAGUUGGACCGCAACUGGGGCGACAAGCAGCGAUCCUUAUUAGCUCUUAAACUCGAUGACAUACAGAUAUCAUCCCCUCGAAAGGUUUACUUCAUUAGGAUAGCUGAUAAGAAAUUUUGUGAUGUGGACAUGGCAUUCUUGGCGUUGAAAUGGGUGCCUAUCAAUAGUAUAGACGCUUUAAUAUUUACAGAGAUAUUUGCAAGAUUUCACCGAGAAUAUACGCCACACAGCAUACCAGAAUGGACAAUUGCUUACUUUAAAGUUACUCGUUUCGAAGUCCUGCGUCGAUGAGGUGAGAGCCUGCAGCCCUCGUAGGCUGCAGGUUCUAAUGGAUCGGCUUUUAAUUUGAAAUUGCAGUGAUGCAGUUGUUAAUAUCACAAGACUGCAUAGUGUAUAGCUGGUCCUAUAAAACAAUAAUCAACGACAACAAUUAUAUUAGUAAGUCUUGUAGGUUUUAUUUCAUAAAACCGUCUUACUAUGAAACAACGUGAUACACUAAGGACUGUUUGUUCGAAAACUGAUUGCCUAAUUAAACUAAUAGAAAAUCUGUUCAUAGUUAGAAUCUGAAACAUUAAAAUAGUAGGAGGGCUAGUACUUGAAGUAUAAAAACAGAAUUCAGGAAAGAUUGGAUUACAAUCGGAUAAAACAAAUAAUACCUAUGUCAGAAAUUUAACAAUAUUGUUCUAAAAGAUCGGAGAUUCAGUGCUGGUUUACAUGGAUAAACAUUUUAAAGUAAAAGUUUAAGAUAGUAAUUUUCGUAAUUGCUUAUAAGUUCAAGUAUAUUAUAAUAUUUGACCGGAACAAUGGCGAAUAUUCAAAGUAUAUUCACACCGAUCUCUUCUUACGUAAAGCUCACAAGACUGACUUUUGCAUUACUUUUGUAGUUCUUGUUCACAAGACAAGUAAGCAUUAGAAUCUUCGUGCAAUACAUUACCCUGGUCCGCAAUCCAAACCUGACGAAGCAAUAUACCUAUUCGUGAUUUUAUUCAAAGCUAUGUAUUAUGUAAGAUUUAUUUUAUUUUUGGUGUACAGCUCCAAAAGAUGGGACUGUCGAGCGUUAUACUUUAUUCUUACUUAAAGUAAUGUCUUUGAAAAUCGCACAUGAUUGUGCGUUUGAAUAGGGUCAUUAUUGUGUUUGUCCAUCAGUAAACCGACCCCAGUGUUGACAGAGAUCAAUUCUGAUUAAUUAAAGUAUAUUAGUAGCAUGUUUUGGACAAAAUCCGGUCGUUUAGCGCAUCUAGAGUCUGCGCUACAAUAUAUCUUAUAAAAGUAAAUUACCUAGUAGGUAUUAUAAUAACGUUUUGGACCGUUAAAUUAAAGGGCGUGCAUGUGGGAUAAUGCUGUUUACAGAAUAUGCGUAAGCUGACAGCCGUCGACUAAUCUGAGGGUCUGAAUCAACGGCAUACAUAUUUUUUGAUGUUCCAUUCCCAACAAUGUCUUGCGCGCGGACGUUCCACAUUGCCACUGGGUGAUUGUGAAAAUGUUAGUCGUUGUUAACGGAACAGAGAAUGGUUGCUGUUUCUAAUAUGGAUAAAGUAUAAAGUAAUCUUUUGUAUAUCGACUGGCUUUUGUAUUGUCUAAACGUGUUACAAUUAAGAAUAAAACUAUAAAUCACAA